UUUGAUAAAUCGACCCACUUCUCGACUGGCACUCAUCGCUUCCCCAGGUCACUGCAGUCAGGGAUUGGCUCCGGCCAGAGUUCUCCCUGCCCGAGCAAGGCGAGCAGCAACAAACAGAGGAGGAGCAGGACGAAUUUUACCCUGGAGCAGCUCAACGAGCUCGAACGCCUCUUCGACGAGACGCACUAUCCUGACGCCUUCAUGAGAGAAGAACUCAGCCAAAGGCUCGGACUCAGCGAAGCCAGAGUUCAAGUUUGGUUCCAGAACAGAAGAGCCAAGUGUAGGAAGCACGAGAGCCAAAUGCACAAAGCCGCUGGACUCAUGCUGUCUGGACAUGUAAACAACGCAGCACCCGUGACAACUCCUCUGGAACCGUGCAGAGUCGCUCCUUACGUGAAUCUCCCUCGUUUGCCGUCGAUCCCUUUUCCAGCCGCAACCAACACCUUCUCGGCCUUCGAUCCAGCAUUCAUUUCGGCGGCACAACAGUAUGCUGCAGCUGCUGCGGCAGCGGCUGCUUUGAACCCGAGCAGCGGUCCUCUCCUGUUCUGUCCCCAGUACGGGUUCGCCGCCCUCGCCGCCUUCCACCACGACCGCCUCCUCACGAAAAACUCGUCGAUCGCGGAUCUCAGGCUGAAAGCGAAGAAACACGCCGAAGCCUUGGAACUCGACAGAGAGAAAGAGCCCCUGGGCUCCUAGGAUAACAGCUAACGGUUUAAAAUGUACAUACGAACCAUUCUAUUCCCUUAGAUUUCUUUGUUAAAUACCUCCUUAGAUAACUAUUUAGCUGUAGGCCUUAUAUGCAAAAAGUGUCAUAUUUUCAUCUUACCUACGCCUUAAGUGACAAAAGAAAAGUGUAAAAAUUAAUUAAGGAAUGGUUGAACCUUGCUAGAAGGAGAAACAGUGAGAAGGUGAAAAUGAUUUAUUUCAUAGAUGUAUAAAAUAAAAAAAAAAAAGUAAGAAUGAUGAAAUGUGUGAAUAUAUGUCUUGAACGAUCUCGUUUGAAGAAUUUCUUUAAAAAAUUAUUUCUUGCAAAAUAAACGAGUCAAACUUGUACUAAAUUGUGGACGAAGAAGCGAUUUUAUUUUCUCAGCCUACUAAAAAAAGAUUUCUAUACCAAUUUCAAGAUCACGUAUCAUCCAA